ACAAGUUCCCUUGGGCACCGGUCUGCAUGCUUCAGGAAGGAUUCCCACAAAACGGAGAAAAAAUGAUGGAGAAAUACUGGUGCUUUUUGUCGCUGUUGACUCUAACAAGCUUGAAUGCAGUUGAGACAAGACGUUUGCCAACCUUCAGCCAGAUGAAGAAUGUAUACCCCGGCGAAGCAAGAUAUGGCGGGCAAUACCCUGGUAACGUUCUGAUGAACGCCAUUGGAGCACAGAACAUGACCACACCUAAUGACACAUGUCCUCUUCGAAUUAGCACCACAUUGAACCUUGUGGGGGGUCACGUGAUUACUGAACUGCCAAAAGGCGCCGAUCCGGACCAGUAUCACUUCAACACAUUCAAGAACAAGAAAAGCAGUUUCAACAUGUAUUUCUUGUUCAGUCGUGAGGACCUGGUUAAGCACUUACUGCGCAUGUAUGGCCUGCCAUUAGAAAGUUGGACGCCAGCAGAUUUCAUCGGCAAAAAGGGAAUCAUGGUUAUGAAUAUCACAGGCACCACAGGUUCGCCUUGCAGCGCAUUGUUGUGGGAUGGCUUCACCUUCUUUAGUGCGUACGGUUACAUGAAACACACCAACCUGAGCCGUAUCUACUUCUGGCAGACUCCAGACGAAUCUUGUCAAAUCAACGUCAAAAAUGAAGGUGGUGGCGGCGGAUUGUGCUUUCCAUCAAGUUCGACGGUAGAGUUAGAAUCUGGACGGAAAGUUGCUAUGAAAGAUGUGAAGAUAGGCCAACGAGUGAAGACCUUGUCCAAACAGGGAAAGAUUAAAUACACACCGGUCGUUACAUUCCUGGAUAAGUCAGUAUCCCAUCGAGGUCAUUACCUGAAGAUUUUGACCGCAUCUGGAAACCAAAUCACAUUAAAAGCCGGUCACUUGAUAUUCAGGGCYAARCAAGAUAUGACUUCRYUCCGUCUUUUCUCACCGGAAGCCGUCCACGCAGCCAAGAUUCGUCCAGGUGAUCUAAUCUACACCCAGUCCUACAUCAUGACAAGCGCGGACGUGGUUGUUGGGGUUGCUASUGGGUACGAUCAAGGGGCCUACGCACCAGUUACAAAUGAAGGCACGUUAUUUGUUGAUGGAGGUCUCGUGUCGUGCUUUGCUGAUUUUGAAGACCACGAAAUGGCAAAUUAUCUUAUGGGUCCUCUUCGCGCUCUCUACAACGUGGCACCAAAUAGUGUGGGUGCUCAYGGGCACCACAUUCAUUGGUUCCUCAAGUCCAUUMUUCGUCCAGUUGGASUUCGUUURUUGGGKAAGGAAAAGUUUUACCACGAGAUAUCGGAAACACAAGACUUUUGGAACGUCGAUGGACUGUCUCCUUCAAUGUUAAAARCGAAGUUACAAAGUUAGAAUUUUAAAUGUUGGGUAAAAGAAACAGAACUGCUGCACUAACUAGMUGAAUAUUGCGUGACAAUUCUUCUGAAAAUUGAUCCUUGAGUAAAGUUGAAUAAAACAGUUGUAAUUGAAUAUUUGUUAAAGAAUUAAUUAAUUUUCCACCUCGCACGAUGUGAAUCUAUUUUUAAAAAACUGUUAAUGCUAAAUUUCAAUCUCGUUCGAAGAACUCCUGACUCUCCUACUAGUCUAUACUGUGCGAGCUAUAAAUAACUUUAGGGUUAAUGCAAAGCCUUGUAUGCAAAAACAACUAAAGUGUAUAAAAUCUAUAAUUG